UUAAUUAUUCGGGGCAUCUACAAAAGCAAAAGAAAACAAAGGUCUCAUAUUCUCUCCCACUACGAACAAAAAAGUAGCAAAGCAAGCUUAAUCAUUGCUAAAAAAAAACAAAAAAGAAAAGACAUUAUUCAUGCUUGAUUCUUCGUGCAGAUUUCCGGUUUAACCCUUGGCCGAAUCCAGUAAAAACAAACGCACCACUUGACAACUUACUCAACCCGGUUUACAUAUAAAGUAUACUUUGGAGACUGACAUGAAAAUCUGAACUCUUUUGCCUGUAUUUCCCAGACUUCCUUUCAUUUUUACUUCGUAAGAAAGUAUGGCUGAUGCUGUGAUAUCUUUUGCAGUUGAAAAGCUUGGUGAUUUUCUUGUGCACCAGGUUAACAUACGAAUAGGGGUUAGAGAUGAUAUAAGGUGGCUCAAAGAAGAACUGGGCUUCCUCCAGGCUUCUGUAAAACGUGUAGAAUCAAGGCAAGAAGAUGAAAUCCGUCUAUGGCUAAGCACUGUCAGAGAUGUUGCCAAUGAUGCUGUGGAUAUCCUGAGGAGGUUUCAGGAUGGACAAGCCAGUCUGGAACAAGGUCAAGGUCAUAUGCAUACAUUUCUCAACUGUAUUUGCAUCUGCAAGAAAGAAGCUCAGCUUUAUGACAUUGGCAAUGAUAUCGAGUCACUCAAGAAAAGGAUCGGUGUCAUCAAGGAGAGGAGACUCGAGUAUGGGAUCGACAAUAUUUUAGCCGGCCCAGACGUGAAACAAAAAGAGAGAACCUUGAUAAGAGCAAGCGCCAUUGAUAACAAGGUGGAUGUAGUUGGCUUUAGGGAGGAUGUUGACAAGUUGAUGACAGAACUUAAUAACGAGGAUCCGCCCCUUAAAAUCAUUUCCAUUCACGAAAUGGGGGGGUUGGGCAAGACUUCACUUGCCACCAAGUUGUACAACUCUAACGAGUUGAGACAUUUUGGCACCCGUGCUAAAGUUUGUGUCUCCAACGAAUAUACUAUCAAAGAUGUCCUUAAGAGGAUAAUAAAGUCUUUCAAAGGACCUGAGCACGAACAAUAUAUGUCAAACAUGGAUGAGCGUGACUUGCUACAAUACCUACCACAGUUACUCCAGAAUGAAGGUUGCUAUUUGGUACUUAUUGAUGAUAUAUGGGAUAUAAACGCUUGGAACCAGAUCAAGAUCGCAUUUCCAAACCAGGACAACGGUAGUAGGAUCAUCAUUACCACAAGAAACAAGAAAGUCGCAGAGACUGUGGAUAUCAAGAAUGGUUUAGCCUAUCCACUUCGUCUUUUGAGGGAAGAGGAAAGCUGGGAAUUGUUCUGCAAGAUAGCAGAACCAAACCAGAAUUUGGAGAACUUGGGAAGGGAGAUGGUUGGUAAAUGUGGAGGUUUACCACUUGCAAUUGUGAUACUGGGUGGCCUUUUAUUCCACAACAAGAGCUACGACUAUUGGUCAAAGGUGAAGGAGCUUAUCUGGAGAAACUUGACAGAUGACUCUGUGGAUAUUGUAGAAAUACUAAGCUUGAGUUAUAAAGACUUGUCUCCCCAAUUGAGAGAUUGUUUUCUCUACCUUGCAAGAUAUCCAGAAGAUAAAAUCAUUUUCGUCGAACCUUUGAAGCACUUAUGGAUUGCAGAGGAAUUCAUAUCAGAAGAUGAAGAAGGAGAUGGAGUACUCAUGGAGGAUUUGGCCGAGGAUUGUCUGAACGAGCUAAUUAAUCGCAACUUGAUUCAGAUUGAGUAUUGGCAAUUGAAUGGGAAAAUUGUCACAUGCCGGGUCCAUGAUCUUGUGCGUGAACUUGCCAUAAAAAAAGCAAAGGAGCAGAAGUUGUUGGUUAUUUUUGAUUCAAGUAAACACCAACCAAAUCUCAUCCAUUUAUUGGAAGGACAACGGCGUCAUGCUAUUUACGAUGAAAUUGGUGAGUACCUUAAAUUACUUGAGCAGCGUAGAUUUGAUGCUUUAUAUUUGCAUUCCCUAAUGUUGGCAGGUUAUAGAUUUAAAGUGGAAUUAAAAGAAAUAAAGUUGAUGUACACUGGAUUUAAAAAUCUCACAGUGCUAGAUAUGUCGUGUGUAGCAUCAAAGAGUGUACCAGAAGAAUUAGGGGAACUGGUUCUUUUAAAGUUUUUAGGCUUAAUGGGUACCGUCAGGAGAACAAUAGCAGUGCCAGCAAGUAUAGGCAAGCUGAAAAAGUUACGAUCUUUAUGGGGUGGGCACCAUGAUUGUUACUACACAGUUCCCAAAGAGAUGUGGGAGCUGCCUGAGCUGAGGCAUUUGUACGAUUUAUUCAUUGAAAUUAGCGAGAGGUUGAAUAUAGGUAGCCAUCAAACAAAGCUCCAUUCUUUUUCUGGUAUAGAUUUCAGGGAAUGGGUCAAGAUUGAUACCGUCAAUUUCACUAACCUCUGUACAUUAUAUAUAAGAGAUAGAGAGGGAGGAGGAGGUCGCACUUUUGAAUCCAUUGCUAAUUUAACAAAUCUCCAAACGUUCAUAUUUGAGUGUGGUCAUGAUGUCGUUAUUUCAACAUUGAAACCGUUUUCGGUUUUGAAUCGUCUCAAGAGCAUAACUUUAAGGGGUGUUAUAGAACUAUCAGAAUUCCGUUUUCUGCCAAAUUCAGUCGAGGAUUUAAAUCUGUCUCAUAGUAGGUUCACUGAAGAUCCAAUGCCCAGCUUGGGAAAUUUACGGAAUCUUACGACUCUUGAUUUGUAUGUAGUGUAUGAGGGGAACAAAAUGGUUUGCAGUAAAAAUGCGUUUCCAAGUCUUCAAAGUUUAAGACUACGAUAUUUCACCGAUCUAAAAGAAUUGCAAGUCGAGGACAGAGCACUCCCUUGCCUCGAAAGUUUUAGAACAAUUCGGUGUGGAGAGCUGAGGAGCAUUCCAGUCCAACUAGAACGUAUCUUGAUCCAAACCAACUAGAAGUCUUAGAAACGCCCUGGAAGAUUCUCGGCACUCGUGCAUCACAUUACAAUAUCAUAAAAUUUGUAAUUUGUUUAUGUUCAAUUUGAAUGUAUUUUGUUUUUGUUUAAUUUGAAGAAUUUUAAUUCUAUUUGUUGA